AUGCUGUUAAAUCGUGUAUUGCUUGUUCUCUUUCUUUCUUUUUGUUUUACAAAAUCUGAGGACUUAACUUUCAAGGAAGUUGCGUUUAAGUGGUAUAGUGUGUUUACAGAAAAAUUUAAAGUUACUAUUCCGUCCGGUAACCGGCUUAAGGAUUUUUUGCCAAAAUCCAAUUAUAGUCAUAUUGAAAUAAAAAAACAGACUAUUUCUGUUCUCUAUAAGGAUUCGUUGGCUGAUUUGGAAGAUUUGGAAGAACUUGUGAUUGAAUUUUGUCACGUAGAAGAAAUACGACCCGAAGCAAUCAGUAAUGUGCCAAUGUUGAGGAAGUUAUCUUUUAGAGGUAACGAGAUAAGAAGCAUUGAAUUCGGAGUUUUCAACAAUCUAAAUAUUUCUACAUUAGAUUUGAGAUCAAAUCAUAUAUCAAGUAUACAUGCUAAUGCAUUUGAUGAUAUGCCUGACCUACUACAAAUUCAACUAGCUAACAACUAUAUACAAAUAUGGAAUUCAGAAUGGUUUAAAAAUACACCCUUACUAGUAAUAAUUUCAAUGCACAAUAACAGAAUAGAAGAACUACCAGCCAAUGCUUUUAAAAAUAUUAAAGGGGUGGAAAAAGAUGUAAACCACAAUUUCACAAUUCACCUCGACUUCAGCCACAACAAAAUUAAACACCUAGACCCCAAAGCAUUUUCAGGUUUAGAAAAAAUUAAAAACUUGUGGCUUGAUAAUAAUUUACUUCACGAAUUCCAUGAAGAUUUAUUAAAUGGAAUUGUAAUCGAUGAUUUAAGAUUGCACGAUAAUAACAUAAAAUGUUUCGAUGCUGAUCUCGACAAAACUUUAAAAGCUAACACAAACCACAUUGAUUCUAAUCCAUUUGAUUGUAAUUGCUUGCAACUGAUUAAAGAAUGGUCAAAAAAGAAUAAACAUGUCGAUGUGUCUCUUGCUGAACUGGAUUGUACUGACCCGAAUUUAAAAACGGCUGCUUUUGAAGAAAGUAAGAGGGAAGCGAAAAAGUUGAAACAAGAAGAAGACGAAGUGGAUAAGCAGUUUGAAGAACUUGACAUUUUUGUAAUAUAG